GUCCAUUUUGUCUUCUCCUCAGCUUUAUCAGGAUGUUGCAGUGAUUGAGGUGAAACAUCUGGUCAUGAUGAUGUGGAGUUUUGGGAACCCAACCUGUGCGAAUCAGGCCAACUGUUACAGCAAUGCUUCCAAAGACUACUGCUACUCGGCCCGGAUCCGCAGUACCGUGCUGCAGGGGCUGCCCUUCGGAGGGGUUCCCACUGUCCUCGCACUGGACUUUAUGUGCUUCCUUGUUCUUCUUUUUGUCUUCUCCAUCUUGCGGAAAGUGGCAUGGGAUUACGGCCGUCUGGCCCUGGUGACCGAUGCUGACAGUGUGGCUUCAGCUCUUCAUUCUGAAACACCAGACCGUUAUGAACGUCUCACCUCCGUCUCCAGCUCAGUGGAAUUCGAACAACGAGAUAAUGGCUUCUGUUCCUGGUUGACGGCCAUAUUCAGAAUAAAGGACGAGGAGAUCCGGGAGAAGUGCGGUGAAGAUGCCGUUCAUUACCUGUCGUUCCAGCGGCACAUCAUCGGUCUGCUGGUUGUGGUGGGCGUGCUGUCGGUGGGCAUUGUUCUGCCGGUCAACUUCUCAGGCAACCUGCUGGACAACAACGCAUACAGCUUUGGACGCACAACGAUCGCCAACUUGAAUUCCGGGAAUAAUCUCUUAUGGCUGCACACGUCAUUUGCCUUCAUGUACCUGCUCCUCACCGUCUACAGCAUGAGACGCCACACGUCCAAGAUGCACUACAAAGAAGAUGAUCUGGUGAAACGAACUUUAUUUAUCAACGGCAUCUCCAAAUACGCAGAAGAAAGCCAUAUAAAACAGCACUUUGAACAGGCGUACGAGAACUGCGUCGUACUGGAAGCGCGUGUUUGUUACAACGUGGCCAAACUGAUGUCCCUCAAUGCCGAGAGGUCUGUUUUGUUCUGUGUGGUGUUGCAGGAGGAGGCCGUGAGUUAUUACACCAAACUGGAGGCCAAACUAAAAGAGGAGUACAGGAAGGAGAAGGAGAAAGUCAACACCAAACCUCUGGGCAUGGCGUUCGUCACCUUCCAGAACGAGGCCAUGACUGCAAUCAUCCUGAAGGACUUUAACGCGUGUCAGUGUCAGGGCUGUAACUGUCGUCAGGAGCCGCGCUCCUCUCAGUUCAGUGACAGUCUUCAUGUGAGUAACUGGAGCGUCAUCUACGCACCGGACCCCCAAAACGUGCGCUGGGAGAAUCUGUCUCUGGGAGGAGUUUCCUGGUGGAUUCGCUGCUUCAUCAUUAACUGCAUCCUCUUCAUCCUCCUCUUCUUUCCUCACCACUUCGUCCUCGGCCAAUCAUCAUCGCCACUAUGGACACAGUUCAAACGUCACCAUAGCCUGUGGGAUUAUCUGAACAACCCAAUCAUCACCCAGUUUUUCCCCACGCUGCUCCUGUGGGCCUUCUCCGCCCUGCUGCCCACCAUCGUCUAUUACUCCGCCUUCUUUGAAGCCCAUUGGACCAGGUGUGUCUUCCUCCCUGAUAACGGAGCGUUUUUUGUGAAUUACGUCAUCGCGUCGGCGUUCAUAUCGGAAACGCCAUGGAUCUGCUGCGGAUAUCCAGGUCUGCUCAUGUAUCAUGAUCCGGCUGGGUGUUUGCUCACUUCCCCCCCCCGCCGGCGCGAGAGACUCACCGUCAAACUUGGUUUUCGGAGCUGCCUACGCCGGAUGAUGUCUUUUCACCGUCGUUAUGACGUCAGCAUCACUGUCCAAUCACGUCCCCUUCGUGAGAUCAGUCCACGCCCCUUCCCCAUCAGCCCAUUCAGGAAACGCACAGAACAACACCAAUCAGAGAGAGAAGAGACCAACCACAAGAUGAAAAGAGGAGUACAGGGAGAACUGCGUACUGACGACCAAAGUGUGUGUGGGUCCAGACGCCUCCUGCGGUUGAGCAAUCCUCCGCCUGCGUAUUUCACAAAAGCACAGGGAGAGGGAGGACAUGCUGCAUUUGAGCAGUUAUCUUUGUUUUUCUCUCACCGAGCUUUUUGUGGUGGCAACACAGGACUGAUGUACAUGCUCCUGAAGCACCUGGUGGACAGGUACAACAUGUACUACGCUUACCUGCCCUCCAAACUGGACAAGAAGAUCCACUCUGGAGCUGUCAAUCAAGUGGUGGCCGCGCCCAUCCUCUGCCUCUUCUGGCUGCUGUUCUUCUCCACCAUGAGGACAGGGUUCUUGACUCCGACGUCCAUGUUUACCUUCGUGGUGCUCAUCAUCACCAUCGUGGUCUGCCUGUCGCACGUCUGCUUCGGUCACUUCAAGUACCUCAGCGCGCACAACUACAAGGUACGGGUUGCAGUGCUGCAGAUCGACACCAAGGACACGGAGAUCGACGGCGUGGAGAACGGACGUCCUGCUAGAUCUUCCCCGUCCAACAAAUCUCAGCAGCAGAUGUACAUCGCCCAGGUCCUGCAGGACCCAAACUCUGACGAGACCGGAGCAGGCAGCGGGAGAGAUCCUCGCAGCCCACAGGAGAUGAAUCAACGCCCGGGAACAGCCUAA